GGUAUUGAUUUGUGGGUGCCAGAAGCCCAGCUUCGUCUAUACUCAUCACGCAGUCUGCAAAUUAGGGUUUGCUUUUCGGAGCCUCGAGAGUUGCUUCAGCCUUUACAAACUCACCGGCGAGACUGCGUAUCUUCGAUCGAUUGCGUGCGUUGCUUGCGAGGUUACACAGCCUUUGCUGUCGAGGAUCCCACUUGGGUUGGAGCUUCUCGGGCUUGGAUCGGCUUGGUGGUGGGAGUGGCGAUGGGGUCGCAAGGGGGAGAACAAAUGCUGGAGUCGGGCCACCAGGACGUGGUGCACGAUGUGGCCGUGGACUACUACGGCAAACGCCUGGCCACCUGCUCCUCCGAUCGCCUCGUGAAGGUUUUCGCGCUCGGCGCUUCAGGAAGCACGCCCCCCUCGUCGGCCCUUGCCACUCUGUCUGGCCACGAGGGCCCUAUCUGGCAGGUCGCCUGGGCGCACCCCAAAUUUGGUAACAUUCUCGCGUCGUGCUCGUAUGAUCGCAAAGUCAUCAUCUGGAGAGAAGGGGCUGAGAAUGAGUGGCAUCAGGCUCAGGUGUUCCAGGAGCACGAGUCAUCGGUGAACAGCAUCAGCUGGGCUCCUGAAGUGUUUGGGUUGUGUCUAGCGUGUGGGUCAGCAGAUGGGACGAUCUCGGUUUUAUCGCUCAAGGCCGAUGGGUCGUGGGAGAAGGCGAAGAUUGAGCAGGCUCAUCCUGUGGGAGUGACGUCUGUGUCGUGGGCGCCUGCUACUGCUCCGGGCUCCUUGAUUGGGGUUGAUCCUGGGGCUGUACAGAAGCUGGCGUCUGGUGGCUGUGACAAUACCGUCAAGGUGUGGAAAUUCAUGAAUGGUAGCUGGAAAUUGGAUUGCUUCCCCCCGCUCUCCAAGCAUGUUGACUGGGUGCGGGAUGUUGCAUGGGCUCCUAACCUUGGGCUCCCCAGGUCCACCAUCGCUAGCGCAUCUCAAGAUGGAACUGUUGUUAUCUGGACUCAGGCCAAAGACGGGGACCAGUGGCAGCCAUUGACCUUAAAUGACUUCAAGACCCCAGUGUGGCGAGUAAGCUGGUCUCUAACUGGAAACAUACUAGCUGUAUCAGACUCCAGCAACAAAGUGACGUUGUGGAAAGAAGAGGUUGAUGGAGAGUGGAACCAGGUUUCGAACGUGUAAUGAGCUCGCAUGUUGUUCACCAGCUCUGUUCAUAAGUAAGACUUCAGUGCGAGCACAAUGUGUAUAGUAGAAUAUUUUGCUUACUUAAUGUUGAGAAUUUGUCAUAAAUAACCUGGAAGCAGCACUUCUUACACCAGUAGAUCCUUCACUCCAAUCCAUACUGUUAAUCUCAUGGCGCUUGCCGCCAUCCCACCUAAGUUUUAGUACAUUGCAUAUCCAGUGCACUUUUCAAUGCAAUCGCUUUCUUCCAACUUUA